GACGUUGAACUUUCCCGACCAGUAUCAAACGAAGAGAUUCUCAGACCAAAAAGGAAGAGGUCGUGGACAAAUGCUGUUAACGAAAUUAAGAAUUUCCUAUAUUGUGGAUUUUUGAUACUGUUGAUAUUCCUGCAUGCGACCUGUGAAAAAGUGAGCUGAUUGCCUACAAAACGAGGAAGACAUCCUCAUAUCAGUAAUUGCCAAAAGAGCUGGACAAUCUGGUUAAAGAUGUAUCACCAUUGAACACUAAAAGCAAUGCCAGAAAAUGCAAGACUAGGCUAUACCGAGAAGCUCGGUUGGUAUCGGUUGGUUGGUCCUCCAACCGAGUUUCUAACAAAUGAAGAUGAAGCUUGGUGCAGAAGAACCUGUUGAAGUGAAGAGAAGUAAGGCAAAGCUGCAUUCGCUUGUGGAUGAAGCAGGUGGUUUGGACCAAAUUUUGGUUAAACAUAAAUCAAGACUUGAGAAAGAAAAGGUGGCUGCUGCUCAGCAACCAGAGGACCGGACUAGAUUCUCUGUGACUCGAAAACAAGCAAGGGAGAGAGAACUACAAGAACAAUGGGGAGGUCUAGGCUUAGGAAACUCCAUGAAGCCACAUCAAUCGAAACUUGAACUGGAUAAGGCUGCUUGGAUUAAAGCUGGACAAGAGGAAAAGAGGCAAGCUGUGGGAUUCUCAGGUUAAAGGAGGGAAGAUAUGAAGCAGUUAUCACUUAAAUUGUAAAGAAUAUGUUUCUGCAAUUGAUCAACCUAAUGAUCAAUGUUUGUGUUUCUUUUACGAUUUUGUAUUGUUACAGGAAAAUACUGUGUAUAAAAGUACGCAAUCAGUUAGAUUGG